CUGUAAAAGCGAUGGUGAAGGAACGAGGUUCGGCUACCUGUCGCGGACGGACCAUGAGCGAGACCUGCUGGCUGGGUGCUCGAGGAAAGGGUGAGAAGUUUGUGGUCAAUUUAUCUAUUGAACUGUAGGAAGCACACCUGGAUGGAAAGUCUGGAAGCAGAGAGUUAUGUUGAAACCACUGGCUCUCUCUCCUCGCCUCCCGCGCGUUAGGAAAAACGCUCACCCUUCAGUCCCUGAAAAUGUUUUGCGAAGCGGAAGAGAGCGCCUCUGAGAAUGUGCAGAGCGCGUUCCCCUUUCCGACUCUUCACACUCCACAGCUAGUCUCAAGGGAACUUUCGCGCCAAAGGCGUGGCUUCUAGCGGGUGGGUGGGAAGCACCAGCCCCGAGAAGCACUUCCGUCGACUUUCUUUACCAGCGCAGGCCGAGAAAGCCCAGGCGCCGCCGGCGACCCUGGCAGACUCCCUCCCACCGCGGAUGCGCUGCCUCCUCCCGCUCCGCAGACGGGGCUGCCCGCCCGAUGCCGGGGCGCCUGGUGGCAGGGAGUUGCAGCGGCUGGAUCUGCUGCGGGGAUUGGCCGGAUCCCGGCCGCCCUCUGCCUCCAUGUGACGGGGGACGUAGGAGGAAGGCGCAAAGAGAGAAAGAGAGAGAGAGAGAGACAGAGAGGGAGAUGGAGGGAAGGGAGCAGGACGGAGGAGGGAGGAGAGGAGCCAAGCGAGCCGACGACGAGAGCCAUGGAGGUUCAGAGGAGCCGAGGCCGGCCAAGGGGCGCUUCAGGCCCGGGCUGGGGUAAGGCGCGUCCUGGGAGCCGUCGCCGCGAGGGGCAGGGGUUGCUGGUGGGGAGGCUGCCUGUUUACAAAGGGGGGCAACCGCCGGAGCCUCUGCUUCCCCGCUUCAGGCGCGCAGGCGGCCGCCUCCCUUUCCGAGCAAAAGCCAGGAGGGCCUCUGUCGCCCCCCGCCCCCAAGCCGGACUUCUGUCAGAGAGGCUCCCGGCUGACCAUUGCGAGAAGCAGGAGCCUGGGCUGCACAACAGGCCCGUGCGCUCCCUCAGAGUCCCAGCCUCUUCUGGAAGAGAACUUGCAGCCCGUGCAAGAAGGGACGGGGCUUCUUCGGUGGUGAGGGGAAGGCUUGGGGGACCUUUGGGGUUCUAGUAAAAAAACCCGAAACUUAAACCCAACAACUACCCACAGGCUUGAAGGCUCCCCACCCUGGUGAAGAUGCUGCUGCUGUUACUGUUGGUGGGCAGCUUGUGGCUGGGGAUGCAAAGCGGUCCUGGAAGGUGAUAAACUUGGGUGCAAUGCAAGCGAAAGCUGUCCAGCCUCGGGAAGGUGGUGGCGAGCCCGGCCUGUCCUGCAUGUUUUCCUCAAAACAUUGUCAUUGGGAAGUUCCCUAAGUUUCCUAGCGCUGCAGAAGCUCAGUUCUAGGCCGGACAGUAGCUCACCUUGUUCUUAAUUGAAUUGCAAGUUUAUGGAGGAAAAGGCUGUCAGUGGCUGCUAGCCAGAAAUAAAAAAAAUUUUUUUUUAAUUAUUUGUACCCAGCCCAUCUGAUUGGAUUGCCUAGGAAGGCUAUUGGAGACAGUGUGCCUCUGAAUUGUCCAUUGCUGGGAAGAGCCGUUCUGCUCAGGCUUGUGCUUGCAGGUUCCCUGUGAGCAUCUGAGAACAGGAGGAUGGACUCGAUGGGCCAUUGAGCUGAUCCAGCAGGGCUUAGCUCACAGUCUUCAUAGGAACCUGGGAUCUGAUAUGGUAGGGAAGGAGCACUUGUUUGGCAGGAUGCUGCACUGUACCAGCAAUGCCUUGCCCUCCAGCACUGGGAGUAUCAGAGCUGCCGCCUCCAAACUGACUCAUUCAAAGUAGAUCAACCAGGAAAAUGAACUGGAGAAUCUCUCUCUCUGUGUGUGUGUGCACUUGCAUCACUCAUAAAGUUUCAUUGAGUUCAUGGGACUUGCUCCCAAGUUAGUCCGUAUAGGAUUGCAGCCAUAAUAAGCCAGUGUGGUGUAGUGGUUAAGAGCGGUAGUCACGUAAGCUGGGGAACCGGGUUCGCGUCUCCGCUCCUCCACAUGCAGCUGCUGGGUGACCUUGGGCCAGUCACACUUCUUUGAAGUCUCUCAGCCCCACUCACCUCACAGAGUGUUUGUUGUGGGGGAGGAAGGGAAAGGAGAUUGUUAGCCGCUUUGAGACUCCUGAAGGGGAGUGAAAGGCGGGAUAUCAAAUCCAAACUCUUCUUCUUCUAAUAUCCCAGGUCUGGAAAUAGGUUUGAUGCUGCAGCCCUGCAUAGUGACAAAGAGCUGCAUUUCCUAGCCAACGGCUGGUUGGGGUGUCACAAUGUCAAUACUUGUCUCCUUUUGAUGGCAGCAAACUUGUCAUUGGGCUUUUUUCACUUGGGUAAACCUCUUCCAGGCUCUGAAAGAAGAGAAGCCCGCAGCUCCCAACUUUUCAAAGCCACCCCCUUGAACAGAACAUCACUCAAAAAAUGGGAUGGCCACCAGCCCUUCAAAACGGUUAAAAGAUCAGGGCUGGGCAGACAUUAGGCUUGCAUAAUCAACUUGUAUCUCUCACCUUUUGUUUGUUAGAACUUUGCAGUCUGGUGCCACCCCUCCACCAUGUUCUUUAGGUGCCACAAAUGCCCAGCAGAUCAGUGCUUAUGUUUCCAAUUCCUCCUGGGCAUGCAUGGCCACAGUUGUCAGUUAUGGCUGGAGUAGUGGGAUGGAGCUGCCCUUCUGGAUGCCAGCAUCCUUGCAGCUAGCCUGGAUGGGGUGGGGCAGGGUGGUGGUGAGGUUGGGGCUGUGCAGAAACACCAGCUGGAGCGCUGGUUGGCCAGUGUUCCUCCUGUGGAUUGUGGCCAGUCCUUAGGCAAGAAAAGGAAACCUGAAGCUGCCAGGGCAGGGUUGGGUAACUCCAGAUGAUGGACCCCAACUGUCAUAGCUGGGGAUGGUGGAGUUGGAGUCUGACAACAUCUGGAGGGCCCCAGGACUCCCAUCCAUGUGAUGGCAUAUGUUGCCAGUCCAUUUCUCAGCACAAUUCAAAGUGUUGAUGCUUACGUCUUAAAGUCCUUUAUGGUAUGGGAUCUGUGUUCCUGGAGGAAUGCCUGUUCUGACAUCAGCUUGCCUGUGUGUUGAGAUCAUUGAGAGAAGUCCUCCGUUGCUUGAAGUGAGCUGGGUGGCAGCCUGGGAGAGGGCCUUCUUAGUGGUGGCACCCUCUCCAUGGAAUUUCCUCCCAGAGAUGCUUUCUUGGUGCCUACACUGCUGUCUUUUCAGGGCCAGAUAUCCUUGUUUUCUCAGGCUUCUAAGGUUCUAUGAUACCUAGGUUUCUUGUGCUAAACUUGUUGUUAUUGCUGUAUUUUAAUGGUGUACCUCUGCAUAUUCUAUACAGUAAGCAGAGAAUACUUUUAUUUCCUUUUCGGUUGAAGUGACCAGGAUGGUCCCAACAACAAAGGAACCUUGACUUUGUUAGACUUAUUUUAAUUUACUGCUUUGAAUUCCUGGCCUUAUUAUGUUUGGUUUUAUGUGUCUUUUUUGUACGGAUUUUUUAUUUUUUGUAGCAGCCAAGCAUACAUUAUUUGUUCCUUUUAAAAAUGCAUUUGUAAAUGUGUGUAAAUAAAUAUGUAUGCCUGGCUACUUUUAAGAAGUCCUUCCUCAGUACAGUGGGCUUUUUGGAUGGCAGGGGAAGGGGCACAGAAUAGAGGGUUCCCAAAUAGGAUUGUUGUUUUUUCCCUGAUUCCUUUUUUCUUAUUUUCAGCUUGCAGUUGGAUAUGGAGAGCCAAAGAACAUCCGUUCUCCACCGGGUGGUCAAUUUCGCCCCCAGUCCUCUCCCUGGUAAGACUUGGUGUUGGGCGAAGAGCCAUGAUUAUCACCACUCUGCGAUUGUAGGUAUUCACAGUCUGCCUUUAUUCCUCCCAGCUAGGCAGUACGACACAAAGACCACUGAGCCAAUCAGCUUCUACCUCUCUGGCUUGGAAGAGCUGCUCUCCUGGAAGCCCACUAGUGAUGAUGCUUUCAACGUGUCCACAGAGCCACUGGCCAAACACGAGCCUCCUUUCAACAGCCGUAGGCCCCGCACGCUGGUGUGCCAUGAUAUGAAGGGAGGUUACCUGGAAGACAGGUUGGAACUGGGGCAGAUGCUGAAACGGGAGAGCUUCCAGAUUCAGAAACAAUAAUUCUCUUUUUGCCAAACUAACCAGAAUUGGCUCAAUCUGGUCUUGGCUGAGUUUGCCUUGGUUGCAGCCACAUGGAUCUGAAGAGUGAUUAACUUGUACCAAUAUUAGUUAUAAAUCACACUUUGGAUGUUUAAAACGUUUCACAUACUUGGGGUUGCAUGCAACCAAGUCCUACUCAGAGUAAACCCAUUGAAAUAAAUGCGCCCCCCCCGUUAAUUAUGUUUAAAACAAGCUUUAAAAUGUUAUUUUGCAGAGAAUGUCAGCCUGGAUAUAAGUACCCCAUGCUGGGGGACACGAUGAAGUCUAUGCUCUGUGGACAUUGCGAUAGGGGAGCGUAUUGGUGCAAAAGAUAACAGCACCUGAGGGUGGUGUCUUUGGUCUUAAAACAACAGAUGCUGAAUAUUGACAUAUGGGAUCAGCCAGCUCCUUAGAGGCACUAAAAACAACAUGGGCAAAGCAGCAACUGCUAGAAACUGAUUGCAUCUGCAAGGCCCUUGCUUAUUUGCGUAGCUCAUCCUAUGAAUUUGGCAACAAGGCCUCAUGCCUCCUUGCUAAUGCUCAGAAAACCCCCCACCAGAAGUCUCUGAAUUUGAUCACUGGGAUUUGUGACCAAAGCUAUGUCAAGGUCCGUAAGUGCUAGUAAUAUAAUAAUAAUAAUAAUAAUAAUAAUAAUAAUAAUAAUAAUUUAUUAUUUAUACCCCGCCCAUCUGGCUGAGUUUCCCCAGCCACUCUGGGCGGCUUCCAAUCAAGUGUUAAAAACAAAACAGCAUUAAAUAUUAAAAACUUCCCUAAACAGGGCUGCCUUCAGAUGUCUUUUAAAGAGAAGAUAGCUGCUUAUUUCCUUCACAUCUGAAGGGAGGGUGUUCCACAGGGCGGGUACCACUACUGAGAAGGCCCUCUGUCUGGUUCCCUGUAACCUCACUUCUCGCAAUGAGGGAACCCCAGAAGGCCCUCGGUGCUGGAUCUCAGUGUCCGGGCUGAACGAUGGGGGUGGCCCCACGUACAGAGUUAGUCCUGCUCUGAGUAGGAUUAGCACUGAAUGCCCCCUGAACUGGGUCCCCAAACUUCAUUCAGGUGGUCUGCAGUUGGUCUGUAAAAAUACAAUUAAAAAUCAUUUAGCACCUAGCACAGUGCAUUACAAUUGUUACAACAGGCAGAAAAUUCAAUUAAAGUGGUCCACCAAGACCCUCAGAUAUUUUCAAGUGAUCCAGGGGGGAAAUAAGUUUGGAAACUACUGCAUUAGCUCAUUGAUCCCUACAUUGGCCAUGUAUGACCUUUAUUAUUACCACUGCAUUGAAGGUGGUGCAUGCAGAGUAGAAGAAGAGGUGAGAUGAGAUUUCAGCUGCUAGCUUCUUGGUUCACAGACCCAAACUAUGUGUUAACAUUGGCAGUAUGUUUAUAUAGGGGUGCUUUGGACUGGGAAAACCUCUUCCACAAAGGCAGCACCACCAAUCCUGAUCGCGACCGUAGCAUAGAAGGAUAUCGCUGUCACUAAGAGGUUCAGUCAUACUAGCCAGGUCCAGUUCCUGGCAGAGGUCAUUCACCAGGGUGGUGUUUUCAGUCCUUCCUGCACUCCAGUUACAGUGGGUUAAGAACGUGCAAAAUUAAGAGCAGGGAAAGAGAUCAGGGAAGUAAAUCUGGUUUCUGCAAGCAACCAGGGGAAUUUCACUUCUUGUUGGAUUCUCUUGAGGGAGGGUGGUGGCUGGGCCACCCUAGCUUCAGGAAAUCGCAACAGCUUGGACUGGUUUAGUUCCUCUGAGCAAGAUUAUAGGACCUGAAAUAUGAUUCAUACCUACUUUGUAUGAGAUCUGCCAUCCUGAGUCUAAUUGUACCCUGUUGGGUAUAAUGCGCGCUCUCUCGCUCUCUCCUCUUACUUCUGGCAGGUUCAUCCAAGGCGCAUUGGUGGAUGACCCCUUUGUGUUCUACCACUGGUGCUACAUUGACAUAUUUGUUUACUUCAGUCAUCACAACGUUACCAUCCCACCUGUGGUCUGGACUAAUGCUGCUCACCGCAAUGGAGUCCUCAUGCUAGGUGAUCUUUGCUGGGCCAUCCCCUGGAGCAUAUGAUACACAUAGUGUUUGGGGCCUGUGGGAGGGAGGGCCUCACUCUCUAAGUCGUCCUUUCCUUACUCCACCCCUUUGCUGAGUUGCAAGAGGCAGGAGUUGCAGUGGGUGGUACUUCUUUCCUCCUAUCAGUUGCAUUCUUGACGCAUGCUGCAACUUAUCAGGGGUGGAUAACUUGUGGCCCUGCAGAUGUUGUUGCUGGAUUCCAGCUCCCAUCAUCCCUGAAACGUUGGCCAUGCUUUCUAGGGCUGAUGGGAGUUGGAGUCCCACAACUUCUGCAGGGCCGUAGGUUCUCUGCUGUUGAAAGUCUGGGGCCACCCACAGCCUCCAUUCCUGCUAAUCUCCCACAGCACUCUGCUUUCUGGGAGAUGCAGGGAGUUUUUGCAAACAGCUGCUGUUGCUGUUCCACUCUUUAUAGCCGUGCUUCAAGGCACAGGCAAUUGCCGACUCCUCUGACAUUGCUUGUAUUUUGGGUAUUCCUCUUUCCCCCCUGGAGGUUCCUCAGGGCUCAGCUCUUAAGCCUUCCUGUGGCGCAGUGGCUCACUGCGCUUGGCUGUUAACCAGAAGGUUGGUGGUUCGCACCCACCCAGGGAUGGCUGCGGGCAGAAUUCUUGUGUUGCAGGGGGUUGGGCUAGAUGACCCGCGGGACCCCUUCCAACUCCAGGAUUCUGCGGUUCUCCUGAUGCACAGAGGUUUUGGAUGGUCCAGGAGACGAGCCGCUCUGUUUCUUCCUUGCGUUUCCUUCCCUACCUGUAGGGACCUUCAUCACAGAGUGGGGAGACGGUGCAAAGAUGUGUGAGUCCUUCUUGGCAAGCGAGGAAGCGUACCGCGCCGUGGCUGAUCAGCUGGCUGCGAUUGCGCAGUUCUAUCGUUUUGAUGGUUGGCUGGUCAACAUUGAGAACUCUCUGAGUGUAAGCAAGCAACAUUUCCCCUCCCCUGCCAACCUUGGCCUAGGAGGGGAGUUAGGGUUCAUCCAUACACAGGCCGUAUGUGUGUUCCUUAAAGUCCCUGGCAUUGCUCAGGGGGAGCAGGAGCUAUACCUAGGGAUAUGCUCAGUAUCACAAUGCAGCUGUGAUAUGUAUCCCCACGUCAGAAUUUCUUCCUUUAGGUCCCUAGGAUCCUCAGAACCCCAGGUGGCCUCUUACCUUCAGAGACUGGCUGGGUAGGCCCCUUACCCCUAGGGCUUGAAAACCCCCUUUACGUCGCAGAACCCCUUUCCUAUUUUUAUGCCUGCCUGCUAGGGCUGGGCGAUACCUAGUUUUCAACCCCGUGAUAUUUCACCCACUGAACAUCAUGAUAUACUGAUAUAUUAUGAUGUCUGAAAUAAGGAUGGAGCUAUGCAUAGCCAUUGGCUGGCUUCAUGGUUUCCCCCCACAUUGUGAUUUUCGUAUAGCAUACACAUCAUGAUUCGUGAUGUAUCGCCAGGUCAAAAAUUACGAAACUGAUAUCGCAAUAUGGACUUCAAACUGGUUUUGGAUGCUAUAUUGCCCAGCCCUGCUGCCUGUUCCCCAAAUUACUUAUAGCACAGUGAUUCCCUUUACCUGCCCAUGCUAGUCCACACUGUUGCCCUACUGGCUCACCCCUUAGAGUUGCCCCCGAACAUCUUUCCUCUCUCCAGUUCUCUUCUUACCUUCCUUGCCUUGUCAUUUCUCCUCCCCUGUCCCUUUCAUAAAUUUCCUGGGGCCUCUCCUCCAACACUCCUUUCCCAUCCUUCCUUUUCCAUCCCCACUCUGGGCCUCUGAUGAAUUCUGUGUAUCUGCUGGCACUCAGCUGCCUGUCCCCUGGAAAAUAUAUAUUUCCCAAACUGAGGUGUGUCAGUCUCCCUGGCUUUGGGCAGCAUGCAUAUAACAUCACUUGGCAUGCUGAAUGAUGGACCAACGGCCUCCCAAGGACCUGUCGCGCUGGCUGAUUGGUGCAAUUCUUUCAUGGCAGGUGUCGGCAGCGCGUAACUCGGUCCACUUCUUGCGCUAUCUGACGGCCCAGGUGCACAGAGCUGUGCCGGGAGGGCAGGUGGUGUGGUAUGACAGUGUCCUGCAGAACGGGGAGCUCAAGUGGCAGAACGAGCUGAACGAGAAGAACCGGUGAGUGAUGCCCCUCCCUGUUCUACAGGCAGUGGGUCUUGCCCUGGGGAUCAGAGGAAGAAGGGCAGCACAUCUGAACCUGAGGGUAGCCCCACAGAAUCUCUGCCCCCUGCCCUGCAGCAUCUCCCUGAUACACUUGGCCUGCCGAGGGGAGCUCGUGUGUGGUACAAAAUAGCCAAGAUCUACCGUAACCAAGAGCUGCAAUGCACUAGUGCAGUGUUUCUCAAAUGUGGGCCCCCAACUGUUCUUGCAACUACAACUCCCAUCAUCCCUACCUAACAGGACAAGCGGUCAGGGAUGAUGGGAGUUGUAGUCCAACAACUGCGGGGGACCCAAGUUUGAGAAACACACCACGCUAGUACAUUGUAACAGAGAACAAGAAAACCAAGCAUGGGCCUCAGCGAAUGGUAAGAUGCGAGAGAUCGACAGGCAUGCCUGCUAAAUCCCAGCUAUCUGGAAGACCAAACUUGACUCAGGGGGCUGUAUCCUUUUGGGGUUUGUCUCUAGUGCUGUGGCAGAGAUGGGGAAUCUCCAGGUCUCCAACUCCCAUCAGCCCCAGCCAGCAUUGUCAGUGGGCACAGGGAUGAUGGAAGUUGCAGACCAGCAAAAACCAAGGGCCACAAGUUUCCCUCUCCUUCCCCAGGCGGUGUAGAAAGUAUCCUGGAAAGGGACAGGAAUUCUCUCUCCCCCAUUUUUCACAAUGCAUUUUCCCUGGUCCCUGUAAGCUGUGCAUGGUCUACAGCUAAAGCAUCCCUUGGGCCAGCCUGGGCUGCUAGGAUCCAUCCAGCUAGAGCUACCUGGAAGGGCCUGUAAAGCCUUAGGCCUUCUGGACACCACAAAGGGUCCUAGAAUGAGUUGGAAGGGACCACGAGGAUCAUUGAGUCCAACCCCCUGCAAUGCAGGAACCUUUUGCCCAACGUGGGGCUUGAACCCACAACCCUGAGAUUAAGAGCCUUGCACUCUUCCAUCUGAGCUAUCCCAGACGUUCCUCCGUUCCUCGUGCUCAUGCAGGGUUUACUUUGAUGCCUGUGACGGUUUCUUCACCAACUACAACUGGACGGAGGAGCACCUGCUGCGUACGCGAGAGAUGGCCGACGACCGCCGGGCGGACAUCUACGUGGGCGUGGACGUGUUCGGCCGUGGGGCUGUGGUGAGCAGCGGCUUUGACACAAACAAGGUAGGCAGGCUUUGGGGCUUGUGGGAGGCUUGCUGCCCUUGUGGCUCACAGUUCCAGGCUGGAACUUCCCACAGUGACUGAGAGCUGGAGAGGGCAGUUGUGGUUGCCUUGGGGUGGGCGGAGUGAAGCCUUUUAAGACCCAGCCUCCGCUGUUGCCCUGGAUAGGUUGGCUCCCCUGUUACAGAGGGAGGGGGCAGGGCAGUUGCCACCCUCCCAGCACCCCUUGGCUGCCCACACUCUGGAGCCCCCCCACAAGAGGAAAUGGUGACUUGGCGUUCCUUGUGUCCCUGCAGUCCCUGCGCAUGAUUCGGGAGCAGGGCCUCUCGGUGGCCAUUUUUGCACCUGGCUGGGUAUAUGAGACCUUAGGCCCGACCGACUUUCUGAACAACGAGGACAAGUAAGAUCCAGCAGGGAGGAGGAGGGGCUUUGGGAGGGGAGGGGACUCUGCCGGAGGGCCUGCCUGGCUUGGCUUCACUUUGCCUGACUGCCUGGGAUUGUCCGGCCCCCUGUGGCCUAUUAUGGGAGGGUCUUUCUGACAAGCCCCCACAACAGUGCAGCAGUGACCCAAGUUUCCUUUGGGGUUUGCACAGUGGCGUGGAAGACUUCUCAGCGCGACUCCUUUCUCACUUGCUGGUUUGCAGAUUCUGGGCCCUGCUCUCCGAACUGCUGCCCACUCACAGCAUUGGCUCCCUCCCCUUCAGCACCUCUUUCUCCCUGGGGAUGGGGAAGAGGCACUUCCACAAUGGGCAGGUAAGAGUAUCGAGCAGUUUUGGGCAGAAGAAGCACAACUGCCUUUUUUAAGCCUUUGCAACUUGACUCGCCAGCCUCUGCUUUGAAACGACAACUUGCUGCAUGUGAUCUAUACAGACUGGAGACCCAGUAAGGCCUUCUGGAUAGCUCACUGGGCGGUAUCCCCAGCCCAGCUGAUCUGCCUGAAGUGUCAGCGACUAGAGGCCUCAGAUUCUUAACCUUCGGGGACACUCUCUUUCAGAGCUAAUUUUCCCACAGUCUUUCCUGUCGAGGGCUCUUGAGCUUCAAGUCCCUUUCCACCCACAGGAAGACACUGGAGCCUGAAUUGCAGAGAAUGAGGAACACAACUCUAUAGCUUCCUCCACCUCUUGCUGGCCGGCUGAGUCUGUGACUUGUUUCCAAGCUGAAUUCCCCACCCCACCCCUGCCCGGCCACCGUCAAAGCCUUUUAAACCUGGUCUGGUCUUUUCCUCUCUGGGCUUCUCUGCCCUCCUGUUUUCUUUCCAGCCAAGGUCGGCUCUCUUUCUACUUGAACAAGUCCUUCUGCAGCCAAAUAGUGUUUCUAUUCCCCAGCCUCUGCUUCAAAGCAGUGUCUGAUGGGGUGGUGGUAUGAUUGGCAGGGCGAAACGGUAGGCAGGUGUAUGUGAUCUUUUUAGAACCUGCCAAUCUUUCCUCCGCUUGAAUUCCUGGUCACUUUCCUCCCUGCCAGUCUUUGAGAAGCAUGUUUGUUAUUGGGGGUGAGGGGGGCAAACUCUGCCCGAGACCCUGGAAUAUGGGCUGCCAGUCAUAGAGGGCUUGAUACAGAAUAAGGCAGCUUUCUACAGAAGCAACGUGGACUGUGUUUUAUGUGGUUAACGGCAUCCUUGCACUGCAUAUUUGUUUGGGGGUGAUUUGGUUUGGUUACCCUUUUAAGAAUCAACAGCGGCAUUCGAUUUUAACGUACUCACGCCUUCAGAGGUUAAUGGGAGCUAUUGAGAGCCACGAUGAAACCUUAGCAGAGCGCUUCCCUCAAGGGCCAUGCAUCAAGCAAGACAUCGCCACUUUGGGGGCUUCCAGCCAAUCUCAGCCCUGCUUUUCUCAGGGCUUCAGUGUGUCGGGGAAACUCCCCAUUUUAAUGCAUACUCCUUUGCACACCCCCUUGGAAGUAAGCCAAGAAAGUAUGCAAUUUCAGCUUCUGAUCCUUUCACAAGACAGGCUAGUAUAGCAAAAGUAUAGCAUUUCCAAUGCACGCUCCCCCUCCCCUAAGUGCUUGCCGACCAGGAAGAAAGUCCCGAACUAUUUCAAAGGAAGAAUCAGCUCGCUAAUUAGGUAUUUAAGAGGCUUAUCUUCCCAGUUGGCCCAGGAAGACUCCUAAUAGUGUAAGAGGCCCGAUGCUUCCAGAUGGGAAUUUGCACGAAGCAGUGGAACACAAGAUUUCGUUGACCUGUAAUGCUAGCUUCUAGAUACAUUUUCCCUGGGCAUGUUGGAAAGGUAUGCUCUGGAGACUUAAGGGAACACAAGAAUAAUCCUGUUCAAGGUGGAAGGCAGUUUUGUUGCCAUGCCCAGGCUGAAUUCCCAGUGGCUCUUUUUCUCUUUUUCAGGAGAGUAGGAUGGAGCCCUGGUACCACCUGAGCGCUCAGGAGAUCCAGCCACUGUACGCUGAGUUCUGGAUGCCCAAUGGGGGCCGACUGAGAACGCGCUGCUGCCUGCAGGAUGCCUGGUGUGGGGGCAGCUCCCUGCUGCUGGAAGGGACUAUCCCGUCCAAUGAAGAUCACGUCACAGCCAGGUGAGCAACGGUUGAGAUGGCUGCAGGGUUUUUUUAUUGGAUGCGGGAGUCAUAUCGGGGGGUGGGUGUGUGUGUGCUGCUCUUGCAAAGGGACUUCCUUAAAAAGCUGGGAGCAGGCAGAGGAGAGGAGAGCAGAGCCUGCAGACCAUAUACAGUGGUACCUCGGGUUACAUACGCUUCAGGUUACAGACUCCGCUAACCCAGAAAUAGUACCUUGGGUUAAGAACUUUGCUUCAGGAUGAGAACAGAAAUUGUGCUCCGGCAGCGCGGCAGCAGCGGGAGGCCCCAUUAGCUAAAGUGGUGAUUCAGGUUAAGAACAGUUUCAGGUUAAGAACGGAUCUCUGGAACAAAUUAAGUACUUAACCCGAGGUACCACUGUAAUGAACACAGUUGCCUGCACCUGUGUGCAAAACAGGCUUGCAUGUACCCAGUUGGCAUGAAUCGUGGACGUGCGGCUGCGUGUGCGAUGUGGAUCAUUCAGCCCAACCCCUGCCCUCUUAACUGUUUUCUCAACUUGAGUGUUUCCCCACAUUCUCUUCUUAAUCCAGGGAAACUGCUACACAGCCUUUGCUUCCACUAAGAAGCCUUUACGGAGACCUACUGUAAAGGUCUUUUCCCUGUCACGGCGCAUCACUGUCCCAGCGCUGACCAUGUUCCGCUUUCCUGGGAGCUGCUUCUCAAAGGUGGAGCAAAGUUAGAGACUGUGACUGCCUGCCUGCCUCUGCAGGGAUCCUGACAAGCAUUUGGCUAAGUUGGGGGUUGGUGGUGGUGAGGCUGAGCUGGGUUCCCCCAAGCAAGGAGCAGAUUUGGAGGGAAUACAAUGUUUGAGACACUCAGGAUGUUGUCAUCUGGGAUAGAGGAGUUUUCAUGGGCUGUUUCAUCAUGGAAAGAAGGGGGUUUGAGAAAGUGCGGCUGACCUGGAAUCUUCAGGGCCCAGCCAUGAGCUCAGUAAUGUGGGAAGGCUCAAACUCCUUUGUGCAUCCGCCCUUACCAUCCUCAGUGUUCCUGCGUGUCUGUGAGAAUGAAGCCCUUGCACCUUGCAUGCCUAAACCCCUUCCUUUUGCAGGUGGCGGCUGCCUAGUGCCCAGAGUUGGCCGUGACUGUGUCCUCUCUCUGUCUCUCUUCCUGUCUGUCUGGGGCUUUUGGGGGCGGGGGUCACCAGGCUGUUUUCCUUCCAGGUGCCAGCACCCCCCCGGCUGUUCCUGGUCAUAAUUUAUAAACACGAGGCCUCUUCCCAAGGCGUGAGCUUUGCACCGGUGUUCACCACGCGGCAGUCAAGUUCCUGUUUCUCCAGCGGCGAGUCGGGUGAGGAAACGCCAGGCCUGCUUUGGGGGCUCUCACUCUGACUGCCCAAAGGAAGGGAGCUUGUGGAUCCCCCUCUGACGGGCAGCAGAGGCCGGGUGAACGAUAGCUUCAGAUAUUGACUGAUCCCUGUUCUGUCUGCUGCCUCUCCUUCAUUGCUCUCUUCUUCCCCCCCAGGAGAACCAAGGAAGCACAAACCCUCCCUGCUCCCCACGCCUCCCCAUUACCUUGCUCAGCUGCUCAGGGGGACAGGACUGCGUGGGGAACAUGACUGGCAAAGUCGGUGAGUAGAAGGGAUUGACAGAAUGCAUGACUCUUGGGGUUUUGUUUGUUUUGUUUCUUUCUUUCUCCUUGAACUGACCAUUUUAGUGGUGGCCUGGCAGCCUUUCCCCUCUUGUUGGAUUGUAGUUUGUAAACUCUCUGGGUUUGUAAACCAUCUUUGACGGCUCUGCAUGAAAUAAUAAUGGGGCCGGGCAGGGACGGUGUUGGGGCCUGGGAACCAAAGAGCUACGGGCAGUGUGGGAUGGGCUUUGCAGUGCCCUCAAACUGACAGGACCCCGGCAGCUUACAUUCUCUCUCUCUCUCUCUGUUCCCCUCAACAGAUGCUAUGAGCUGGAGCUCCAGAACUGCUUCCUGGACCAACUUUCAGUGACUGUGUCGCGUCGCCAGUCUGGCCGGAAUGAGGUGCCCUUUGCAUGCCGCCUGGGCAGGAUCUGGGUGAGUAAGCGGUGGAGGCUAGGAUGGGAAGCCUCGUGAAAAUGGAGAGAGGGGUGGGUCAGCCGGCUUCCCCAUGAAGCGCUGUGUUCUCUGUGGGCCUCUCGCAGCCCUGCUAAGCCCGAAAGGAGGAAGGUCUUUGUCCCUGGUUCUUUAAGUAAGGUGCUAUGACAUAAAACAGGGAUGGGGAAACUGUUACUCCAAGCCCACAGGGGCUGCUUGAAGGCAAUGCAAACGUCCUCCUGUUUUUGAAAUUUGGCACCUUCUACUCUCUUAACCAAGUUUCUCUAGAGCCUGGCGAGCUCUCCUUCUCCCUCCCUUGCUGAGUCACAUACUCAACAUCUAUCCUUUGCAGCUGCAAGGCUUUGCCACUGCAGGCCAGGUGGUCUUGAUGACGCAGUUUCUUUCUUACCAGUUCUGGCCUUGCAAUCAAAGAAAUACUAAGAUCAGGCCAGAACUUCUUGCUACCCCUGAUCCCUGGGCAGAUGGUUGCCUUGUCCUUGGCAUUCUUGGUGGCCCCAAUUCAGCCUGGUCUUUAUAAGGUGGGAGAGGCCUCUCUGCACCCAUCUCCCUUCAUCGCACUCCUGUUUCUUUGGGGCCCCUGUUCCUGUUUUUAUGUCCGUCCUGUGUGUGUUCCUCCACAGGUGCUGGAUGCCACAGCUUUGCGCCCGCUGCCAUCCGCUGAUGCUGCCAUCCCAGUGUCGCCUUUAGAAGUUGCCCAUGUCCGUUGGCAACGACUUUCAGCUGGAGAGCUCUCCCUCAGCCUCACUUUGCGCUGGACCUAUCCUCCCAGCAAGGCCACCUGCUUCCGCGUUCACUACCGCAGGGGCUCGUGUGGCAGUGGUCCCGAACCUCGCCCGCUCCCAAUCGGGGUGGCGUAUGCCCCCCAGUACCGGGUGACUGAGCUGACUGUGCCUGGCGCCCUUUCUGAGUCCUCCUGCCGCUUGGAGUUCCUUGUGGAGCCGGUGCCCGACGAUGGGUUCCAGGUAGACGCUGCGAUGUGGGGGAAGCUGGUCUUUGUGUACUCUGAUCCAAAGCUACCCAGUCCUGGCCCAGCGCCUGAAGGAACCUCAUCCAGUUGAUUUACAUUUGGAUCCUAGUAGACAAUGCCCUUCUCCGCUUCCCAGAUCUGUGCUAUUAGGCCCUUUUUAAAGAGGGAAGAAGGCUUUUAUUGAAGGCACUGGAACUCGCGUGCUCGGGCAUCAGAAGCCCAACCACGGACAAUUCAGUAUCCAAAGAUAAUUUUUCAUUGGGGAUACCACUUUAGUGGAAUAGUUAUCAUGCACUAGAACAACAACAACAAAAUAUUUCAGGGAAGUACACCCCAACAAAACAAUUCCACACUUGUGAUAUGGGCUACAGAACAGGCUUAUCAAGUCACAUUAAACUCUUAUAACAUCCUUUUUAAAAAACCUGCACCAAUAGUUACCUAUCAUGUGGGCUGAAACAACUCGAAUUGCAGCUUUUUUGAUGCUGAAGUAAUGUGUGUAUUUUAUCAUUUACAUAAACUGAUAAACCAGGGCAGAGGCGGGGUGGGUGGCCUAGCUGGCAUGAGCCUACGAUUUUGAGGGGCCUGCUUCCAAGUUCCCCUGUUAGAGGCAAAGGGGAGACCCAUUGGUAAAGAUUGUUGAAAUGGGGCCUUCAUUUCCCAUCUGGCCUGGGUCUGUUACCAGCUUUGCACGGCCCUGGAUAAAGCUGUCAGUUCUCCUCACCAACACAUUUUCAGCAAAACCUAACUGGGAGACUGUAGCUUUUGAAUGCAACCAAAUCUCUAAAUUUCUUUUGCCCUGAGAAAAUUCAUGAUAACGUACAUCCCCACCCCUUCAAUCUAUUCUACAUUUCUUAUUUAUAAGGAGACUUUAAUUAUGACAAUAUAUCAGGCACUUACCUAAGAAAACUGAAGCCACAGGAAGGUAUUUUCAAAAAGAGUAGCCCUUAAGGGUGGAAAAAGUACACAUGGGGGAAGUCUGACGUGUUCUAGUACCUGGUGAAUUCCUGCCUGCUCCUUCAGAUUGAUUUUUUUUAAAUAAAUUUGUUCUGCUUGAAUAGAGUUUAUAUGACUAAGGAAGACAUGCAAGUGAAAACGGGUCUGGCAGAUGAACUGUUUUUCUACAAAAUAUGUUGUGACUGGUGAUUUACAUUGACACUUUUUACCUCCUGUGUCUUAUGAAAUGAUAAAAUGUGUGCUUCAUUACUUUUUUGCAUUAGGAGCUCUGGAUAUGCUGAUACCCUUAAACUGCAUAGUGACGCACAACAAUUCGCAACACAGUUAUUUAUUUAUUUUUCAAAAUUUCUUUAAAGAAAUGUUUUUAGUAGCAUGUUGCAACUUUUAAUGAACUCUGUCAUUGUGCAAUUUUGACCCCUAACAUUGGAAUACAAUAUAGUUGCUCUCUCGCGCCGGAAGUGCCUUCAUUGAGACAGCAAGUGAUUUAUACAGUGGAAUAUCUCCAUGUUCAAGGCAAGGUGCUGAACUCCAGAAAUUUAAGAGGGAAAUUGGAAUAGCCUUUUUUUUUUUUUAGCACUAUAGGGAUGGAGAUGUGUGCAUUUUCAUAAGGUCUUAAAUGGAUGACAUAAGGGAAAAAGGAAUGCAGAGUUUUGAAUAUGUAUAUUUCUAUAAUUACAAUACCAAAAUCUUAAGGCUAAUCAACCAUAAAUGAAAUACUGGACAAUCACCGUGUUUAUUUGCACACCAAAUUUUUGCUCUAUUCUAAACUUUAUUUUACUAUAUCUUAAAGAGUCAGAGCUAUUUAUAACUUCCACUAUUUUCCUCCUUUUUUGAGCUACUAAUAAAUUCACAAUGUCUCGUC